CGGUGGCCGCAUCGGCAGUUAGCGGUAGAAACGUGUUCGCGAUUAACCUUUGGCCAGCGGCGUCUUGGCUCAACAACAAUAAAAACAUAAAACGAGCACAUUUGUUACUUUUCCCGUUUCGGCCGACUGGUCUUCAAACGCCCCGCGGGUAUCGAAACCAUAGUUUCAUUUUUAUUAAUUCGUAAAUUAUUAGUACUGUUUAUUUUUGUUCCUUCCCGUCAGUAAGACGACAUCGUUCGGACUCUCCGGCGUACGUUCGAAAUUGUGUUGUACAAUAUUAUUAUCAUCACGUCGCGGCAACGAUAACAUAAUAAUAAAAACAAUAACAAUAUUAUAUUAUUUUGAUGAUGAUAACGACGUCGUUCGGGCGAAAUGCCGGCCAAGCGAUCGCCCUGUCCGUCGUGGCGGCGUUGUUGUCAUCGUGUCCCGCCGCAGCCGCGCCUCAAUCCGGCAACGACCAGAGCCCAGUGAUCACCGUGGCCGGCGAACGCUGCAAAUGCGUUUUGUUCUACUUGUGCGACGCCUCCAUGACCGUCAACGUUGCCCUGGGAUCAAACGAAAAAGGCUGUACUGACGGCUUAGUGUGUUGUCGUGUAGAAAAUAAUGAAGGCUCGUCAAGUUCGAUCAACAUUGAUACUUCAACUUCUGAAUCACCACCAAUCAUUGAACAGUCUACACAAAGUUCCACCCAACCAACGAACCAUAAUCAAAACCAACAGCAACAAAAUAAUCAAAAUCAACAACAAAAUAAUCAAAAUCAGCAACAAAACAACCAAAAUCAAAACCAACAGCAAAAUGGUAGCGGCAGUCAUAGCCAGAACUCAAACAGUAACCUUGAGUGUGGAGUUGGCUUGCCACCACCAUCUUCUUACAAUGAUCAAUCAGAAGAUACCAAAGUACGGAUUACCGGUGCCCAAGAUAAAACUCUCACGUACUUUGGCCAAUUUCCCUGGAUGAUUGCCUUAUUGAAAGUCGACAUCAACGAAGGCACGAGAGUAGAUAACGUUUUCCAGUGCGGCGGUUCGUUGAUACAUCCAAGAGUCGUUUUGACGGCAGCUCAUUGUGUUAGCGGCCAAGAGCUGGAACUGAUGAAAGUGAGAGCCGGUGAAUGGGAUACUCAGUCCAGCGAAGGCCAGAUAGAGAACUUCCAAUUGCACCAAGACCGUCAAAUUCUUCGAUCGUAUGUACAUGCCGAACACAACAACGGAUCUAUGUACAACGAUCUAGCUUUACUUGAGCUCGAAUCACCGGUCGUACUGGAUCAAUACGUCAACGUUAUUUGCCUUCCAGGCAACGGCAAACACUUAAACUAUGACCCUCAGUCAUGUGUAUCCACCGGAUGGGGCAAAGACGACUACGGGCAAAAGGGACGGUAUCAAUACACGCUAAAAAAAGUUGAUCUGACCAUGGUACCAAAUGACGUGUGUCAGAAACAGUUAAGGACCACCCGGUUAGGCAAUUUUUUCCGUUUACACAGCAGUUUCGUAUGCGCUAGUGGUGCUAGAGGAACAGACGUGUGCAAGGGAGACGGCGGUGGACCGUUAGUGUGUGCUGUGAAAAAUUCAGCUAGGUCAGCGUUGAAGAAAUACACUCAAGUGGGCGUCGUGUCGUGGGGAAUUGGAUGUGGCGAUGAACAAGUGCCAGGCGUUUACUCUUCUACCUUAGCCAAUUCUGAGUGGCUCAAUAAACAGCUAAAGACCAUACUAGCCAACGAAUAUUCAUAAUUUUUUUUUAGUUGAUAGUUUAAUUUAUAAUAUUAUGCUUAUGCUGUUUAUAUUAUUUGUAAUAAUUAUUAGUUAUUAAACAUAUUAUAUCAGACAAUGGUACAGUACUUCCUCGAAACUAUAGAAAUUAAUGUUUUGUUUAACGAACAAUAAAGUCAAUUAUUAAAACAA